GCAUACUGCACUUCCUCUGAUGGCAUGUCGGGCAGAUUUGUGGCCCGAGCGAGCCCAGCCCUGGAUUCAUUAGAGCAGCAGCUAAGUAGAAGAGCUCACUAUGCGGAUCUGGCAGCUGCCAGACCGGCCUCCGUCGCACAAUCGAGUCGCUCGAGCAGUCGAGCCCGCACUCGUGCUAACAGUCCAGAACCAGACGAUGGCAGCCCCAAAUCUGCCAGAACACCUCGUAGCUCUGGCUUCGAUAGAAGUGUGACGAAUCAAGAGGAGCAAUGGCGGACAAAGGAUGCAAGGCCGCCUCAGACAGAUGCCGAGCCUGAGCAUCGUUUGGGCACAUUUGCAGGCGUAUACAUGCCCGUCUGCCUCAACGUCGUCGGUCUCAUUCUCUUCCUGCGCUUUGGUUUCAUCCUGGGUCAAGCUGGUCUUGUCGGUGUCUUGAUCUUACUUCUCAUUGCUCUCGCCAUAGACGCGCUCACGACGAUGAGCGUUUCUGCCAUUGCCAGUGCAGGCAACGUACGCUCCGGCGGUCCAUACUACUUGGCUUCUCGAUCGCUAGGCGUCGAAGCGGGCGGCAGCAUGGGGCUAGUCUUCUACUUUGCGCAAGUUUUCAACAUCGGCCUAAACGUGCUUGGGUUCGUCGAAGCCUUGACGGACACUUUUGGGGUCAGCAAAGAAGCGACAACGUCUGUCUUGCCGGAAGGCCCAUGGUGGCAAUUUCUUUACGGCUCUGUCUUGCUCUUCUGCUGCACUGCACUGUGCCUGAUCGGCUCCAGCGCCUUCAACCGCGCUCAGAGCCUCGUUGCCUGCGCAAUGUUGCUAUCUAUCAUCUCGAUACCUAUCUCGGCAGUGCUCAAGAGGCCUUUUGUUGACCCUAUCAGACACACUGUCUUUACCGGCUUUAGCCUGGAUACCUUUCGCGAAAAUCUGCUAUGGCGUUUUACAAGGUCAUCUGCUGGACAAUCACAUUCUAAAGAGACUUGGAUGAGCGUCUUUGCUGUCUUAUUUCCUGCUUGUAACGGAAUCCUCGCCGGCACAUCGAUGUCAGGUAGUCUGCGCAAACCGAGCAAAAGCAUACCGAAAGGCACAGUCUGGGGCCUCGUGACGUCCUUCGGUGUCUAUGUCGUAGUCAUGAUGCUACUCGCCGCCACUGUGUCUCGGGAGAGUCUCAACCACGAUCUGGCCAUACUGCAAGACGUCAAUGUUUUACCUGGAUUGAUCGUACUCGGCGUCCUUUGCUCUACAUUCUUCUCUGCACUUCUUGGCAUCACUGCAUGCGCCAAAAUCUUGCAAGCCAUUUCACGCGACGAUCUGCUGCCUGCUCUCGCGCCGUUCAGUCAAGGCACGGAGCAGCACGACGAACCCCUGUUUGCUAUCAUUGCAACAUACGUGCUCGCUCAAGCCGUUUUACUGAUCGAUAAUGUCAAUUACUUAGCUUCCUUCGUCACCUCAGCCACUCUCCUGGCGUUUGGCAUCAUCAAUCUGGCUUGUUUUGUGCUCAAAGCUACCGGUUGCACCAAUUUCAGACCCGCUUGGCGAUUCUUUUCCACUCAGACUGCACUGGCCGGCGCUGUGCUCUCGUUCGGCGGCAUGUUCUUCACUGAUCCACUCAUCGCAGCGCUUUCCAUCAUCGUCAUGAUAGCGCUCGUCAUGCUUUUGCAUCUCCAGGCACCGCCUAAGCCUUGGGGAGACUUCACGCAGGGCUUGCUCUACCAUCAAGUGCGCAAGUAUCUGCUCAGACUGUCAGCACGGGACAAGCUGUCUGUCAAGUUUUGGCGGCCUCAGAUUUUGCUGCUUACGGACAAUCCACGACACGCUUGGCAGGUGAUCACAUUCUGCAACGCCCUCAAGAAAGGCGGCCUUUUCGUGCUCGGGCAUGUACUUCUGGGCGACUUUUGCAAUGCCAUCGAAGAGCUCAAGCGGCAAAAGCUGGCUUGGCUUCGGCUCGUCAAUGUGAGUGGCAUCAAAGCGUUUGUCGAUAUGACCGUUGCAGUCGACGAGCGCAUUGGCGCCCAGAAUCUUAUGCUAUCAGCUGGCAUCGGAGGUAUGCGACCCAACAUUGUCAUUGUCGGCUUUCCAGAGCGCGCUGCAUGGCGUCGCAAAGCUCGACAGCGGCAAGACGUCGACGUGCGCUCGCACUCCAGCGCGGCGAGCGAUAUAACAGUCCGACCAGCAGACGAUGAUAGUCAUAUUGACGUGCUUGGAUCGCUGCCGACUGAUGCAAAUCGAGCCGAGACGCCCAUAAGCGCCACAAACUACGUCGGUAUUCUCGAAGAUGUCAUCGCGCUCGAAUGUGCUCUUGGCAUCGCAUACAAUUUUCCCAGCCUCGAUGCGCCGACGAAGAGCGAGAAGAUCUCACAUGGCGAACGGCGUUAUAUUGAUCUCUGGCCUCUUCUAUCGGGAAGCGAUGGAUUUGAGACUUAUACUAUGGUGCUUCAGUUGGGCUUGACGCUUUCGAUGGUCGACGAGUGGCAGCGUCAUCGUCUACGAGUGACUGUCUUUGUCGAAUAUGCGGAAGAGGUGGCAGACGAGCGCAAUAAGAUACAGGCUUUGCUUGAUAGCCUGCGAAUUCGAGCCGAGCUACGCGUGCUGUUCCUACGCACUGGCCGACUGUCAUCUUACGAGACGCUAGUCAAUGGACGCGACGGUAUGAACACGGAUGUCGAAUCUGCUUUAGCCGGCGACAAGUGGUGGGAAGCCUACCGCACACUACGACAACGCACAGCAGAUCUGCCAGAUUUGAAAGAAGGAGCUCCUAUCGAGAGUGUCUCAAAAUCGCAAGAGACGCGGACUCACGAAUGGAAUAAGCUCGUGUCCACUCUGUCUUCCUCUAUCGGCCAGAGCAAGCUUCGGAUUACUGCGCCUGGUCCUAUCGUGGUACGGGAUGUAGAGAGCGAGACGAGCAUCUUCUCUGGGGAGGAGCUAAGUACAGAGCAAGCUCUGCGGGCCACGAUUGCCCAGCGAAUAGACCCGUCUCGCAAGCGACAUUCGAUGUCUGCUCUCCCUGACGAACCUGCUCGUAAGCCAUUGCUGACGUCCUCUUUCCGCCGGUACGGCACACAGCAAGUCACUUCCAGCAGUCCGAGCAGACUGCCUCAACCCAGCGCGCGAUCGCCAAUGCGUCAGACAACGCGUCAGCCUUCUGGAUUGAGUCGCAUGAUGCGUUCGCCCUCCGGGAAUGAGCGUGUCAUGCCCGACUCGCAGAUGACCGCCGAGCCCGAGUCAGCGAGCUCAUUCAGUCUCGCGGUCCCAUCACUUGGCUUCAAUGACUUGCCCAUGCGAGCUCAGUUUGUCAUUCUCAACGAGCUGCUGCGCCAAAAUUCGGACGAGUCAACGAGCAUCAUUUUUACUAGUAAUCUGCAUUGCCUGCCGGUAACCUGGCUGACAUGAUCUGCAGGCCUUCCGCCGCCGGAACAAAACGCUAGCGCGACUUACGAACACGCGGCACAAUAUGUUGAGCAUCUUGACACUUUCUUUCGGGGCCUGCCGCCCGUCCUUGCCCUCAGUAGUUCGGAACAGACGAUGACGAUGACGCUCUAGUUGAACAUGUUGAAGGCGCAAC